GAUACUGCUGCGGUGAGCAGUUACCAUACUACGUAGCGAACGAGCGGGUACACUUGUUUUCAAACAUAACCUCGUUUUCAUUCAUUUCCUUAUUAUAGGAAGCACGUGCGCAAAAAUGGCUAAAUCGUUGCGUAGUAAGUGGAGAAGAAAAUGCAGGGCGGUCAAAAGAGAACGUUACGCGGCAAAGGAAUUAGACAGAUUAAAAAAGACUCUCGGAGUUAACGAGAAUACCUCCAAGGAUGUGGAAAUGACCGAUAUUUCUGAGAUCGCUACCGUUGUCGAUGCGAAGAAGGUGAAGGCAGAUGUUAAGGCUAAGCAAGCCAAGGAUGCACAGUCUGAUUCUGCAGACGCAAGCGAACACAUGGAACUGGACAAUGAGAGAAUAUACAAUAAGAAGACUUUGCGUGAUCAAUUUGGCAACUACCCUGUGUGGAUGAGCCACAGAAAAAUAAUGAAGCAUAAAAAGGGCAGGGCAAAGUCGCAGAAAGCAACUAAGAAGACAGACAAGAGACUCACCAGGCGGCAGAAGAAGACAAUAAAACAGAAAAAUUAAUUUGUAUGUUACUUAGUAACUUCUAAGUAUCGUUAAAAUUUUGUAUAUGAAUAAUAAAAACCGAUCGUGUUAUUGAUAGUUUAAUAUAUAACUGUGGACAGUUAUGCUGCAUAAAUUCAAAAGUUUAAAGUCAAUUGUCUUUUACUGCACUGAAAACUAUUGAUAUGUAAUAGUUUUUACAUUCCUUUGUGCUGUAGAUCAGUAUAAGGCUGAUUAUGACAACGUAACAAAACUACAUUAAUUUAACAAAUCCAUAUGAUAUUACGCCUACAACAAAGCGAAAAAGCAACAUGGCUCGUGGCUUGUACACAAUAGAUUAAUAAAAGGCCACCUUAA